AUAGGAGUAACUCCUGAUUUUUUUUUUAACCAGUACAUAUUGUAUGUAUUGGUCCCUCCUCCUCCCAUUCCCUUCAUCCUUGUACAUUUUUGCAAAUUUAUUUCCUUGAGAUAUGUUUCUACUGGUGGAAUUUCUGGGUUGUGGAUAACAUUAUGUACGUUUUAUAUUCUGAAAACAUGUUAUAGGCUUUUUUUUUUAAACCUCAUUAGUGCAAAUUUUUUCUUUUAGUCGCUUUUGAAAUUAAUGGCGGGGGGGAAUUAUUACAUCUAUUUUUCUUUUCUUUUUUUUUUUUUACAUCUAUUUUUGACCUAGGUAAAUUUGCUGGGCUGCUGGCAUAUAAAGAAAACCUUUCUCUACCUCAAGGAUUCUAUAAAGACAUUUAAGAUGUUUCCUGAUUUUAUUUUUUUACAUUCAAGUCUUCAGUACAUUUGUCCCAUGUAAUCUGAGGUUCCUCUCCAAGUGCAUUAUAUAUGUUAAAAACACAUGUUUAAAAAGCAGUUUUGCAGUUUACCUUGGGAAUAAAGUGAAAAUACUACGUUUCAUCUCAUUGCCUGAUUUAAAACAGCUGUGUGAAGAAUUUGAUUAGCUUCUUGUAUAUUUGGUUAAUAUGUGACACUUGGUUACAGCAGUUUCAAAAUGCUUAUAUAAACGUACUUACCUCAUUCCAUCUUCACAACUUUCUACGCACACCAUGUAGGUGAUCAAAGUGUUCCUAAGAGCUGUUUUCUCAAGCUGGACAGUAAGGAUGCAUCAGGAAUAAGUAGUUGCCUUUUACGAAAACACAGGACAAAGACAAUUUAGCACCUUGUGGCUGUGUUGCAGAUAUUAAACCUAAAUGCAUUACGUACAAUUAGAGUAAAAGGCAGCUCAAAGAUCAUCUAGUGUUAUUUAAUUGUAGACAGUGGACCAUGUGUUGCAGUUAACAUUUUUAAAAAUAUUGAAAUAGAAUAGAAAAAUUAUCAAAGUUUAUUCUGCCUAAUAAGUUUAUUCUAAGAGAAAAUAUCAUUCUGUGAAACUUUUUGUAUAUUCAGAUACCUUGAUGUAAAAUGUAUUUCUUACUGUGGCUCACAAACAAGAAAAGGUUGAAAGCCACUAAUCUAGCCCUGUGCCCUCAUUUUCAUAUGUGAGAAAAUUGAACCCACAGAUCUGAUCUGUCAGAAUUCACUUACUCAGCUAGUGAUAGAAUCCUUGGCCUCAGACUCUCCAAGGACAGAGCUUUUUUUUUUUUAAACAUGAUGUAAUGUCAUUUAAUGACAUCUGCUUGUGGGCUUCUUUGGAGUUCAUUAUCUUAAGGUUAUCUGUCAAUAAAUGCUUUAUUUUAACAUGGACCUAAAACUCAAGUUACUGAUUCCAAGCAGGGUCAGGAUUCUGGACCCAAACUACUAAUAUCUACAUUUUGUUCACAUGCUUCUCUUUUAUUAUAGGUCUCUUUUAUUAUAGGUCACAUUAUAUAUGAAGUGCUGUUUUUUCAGUCACCUGCUCCCAUUCUGGGUUAUGCCUCAGUAAAUGCUCUGCUUUGGAGAUCAGGCUCCAUCCCAUCUUGGGUGUCUGACUGUAGGGGAGAAGGCAAGUGUGUUUAUUUUCCCAGUUUUGUAAGGUAUUCUUUGUCCUGUGGAGUGACGUAUUGAACUUUACAGAAAUUUGCACUGUUGGGAAAGUAACAGGACUUGCCUUACCCUGUGUGCAGGCUAUAAAUAUGAAGGGCAGUGGUGGGUGUGGCAGCGGCAGCAGCUGAGGCUAACCGAGCUGUCCCCCAGCAGGAGGCAGCACUUCUGGACUGCUAGUGGAAGGGAGGGAGGGGGCAAGUGUGUGUGUGAUGUUCCAGAUACCUUUGUAAUUACAGUAGUAUGUGCUUUACUGUGUUAAAGAGCAGCUUCCCCUCACCCCCGAAGUAAUUCCAUUUCUUUGAAAUUGACUUUUGAAUUUAUAUUUUUAGAAUUAAUUUAGUUGUAUUAAAAGAAGUUUAAAAACCCUCCUGUCCUUAGUAACAACUUUACUGUGAUUUAUCAUUGUGUUUGAUUAAGGACCGUUUAACGCUUUUAUGUUCCAAACACUUUUAUUGAAAUAUGCCAAGAGUACAUGGGCAGCACACAUGUAUGAGCAGGAAAAAAAAUCACAUGUACAAUAAUUUUUAAAAAGUGAAGGUUAAUCUUAGGAGAUAUCAGUUCCCCUUCCCCUCCCCCUUUUGACUUCCGGCAUUUCCAUUAUGGUUAAGCCUCUACUAACCUAGCAGUUUAAAAAAAGGAAUUGUGUAAUAGGAAAAAAAAAUUUAACUUUGGAAGAUAAAUAUGUUCUAAUUAUGCAUUCAUUAUAUUGAUUUUAAAGUAAAACCUGUCAUCUUUAAUCACAUAGAGUAACCACUGUUAACAUUUUCCUAUGUAUAAAGUUUUUUCAAAUGUAUAAAUAAAAUUUGAAAAUACACAGAUAUACCUAGUUUGAUCACUUAACGUUUAAGGGGAAUGUUUUUUAUUCCUCUGCCACUUUCUGUUGGGGUAUCCCUGGCCCUCUCCAUCACUUCUGUGGGGACUGUCCACACUUCCUGCUGGAACUUACAUGUUCUGGUGGCUUUAGUUAUUAUCUCCAUUUGAGACCCCCAAAUCUGCAUUUCUAGUCCCUAAGACUUUUUUGUAUUCUUAUUGCCAAAUGCCUGUCAGAAAUCUUCAGUUGGAUGUUUCAUGGGCACCUCUUCGUGUAACUCUGUUGCCCUCGGGGCUCCUUAGCAUGACGUGCAGACUCUUUGCAGUCUGGUUGGCAUAUUUCUCCCCUGUCAUCUCUGCUGUUCCAUAUAGUUCUCUCCCACUGCUUUCGGGCCUGUUUCCUAGCUUCCGAGCCUCUCCUUCCUUCAACUUGGCCUGGCUACUCAGAUGUCAGCUGUGAUGGCCUGAUCUCUGGUAAACCUUUUCGAACCAUUCUUUGCCUUGAGACUGGGUCAAGUGCUCCAGCGUAUUCUAUGAUACCUUUUUCUAGUAUAGUAUUUAUGACUUCAACAGUAUUGUUGUUGCCCGCUUAUUAGACAUAAGCUUCUUAUUCACAUCUUACCCGUCUUGAAUUCCCUAACACCUAGCCUGUUGCCCGGCACUUAGUGGGAAUGUAAUAAGAAGUGGUUGAAUGAAUGAACAGUAUUAUGAAAUGUUUCCAGUCUAAUUAAAUGUAAUUAGUCUUCUGCAACAUUGUUUUUAAUGUCUUUGAUGGUUUUGGUGUAUCAUAGCAUAAUGGUUCACCCAGUGUUUGGGCAUUUUCCUUUUUUUUUUUUUUUUUUUCCUUUUUGCUUCAGCACUGAUGGUUUUAUAGUUCAGUGUUCAGAAAAAGCUUCCACUUAACUUUCUCAGGGAGACUGAGAAAGAGACUCAGCUGAGUUUGACAUGCCCCGGUCGUGCAUCUGAUUAGGAUAACAGAACCAGGGUAAUUAUCCAGGCCUCCUGUGGCCUGCUUUAUUGCUCUAUUCUGCUUCUUAUAUGGCUCUUAUGAGAACAUAAAGAUUUUUUUUUUCUUUUUAAACUUACCUGUUCUCAGAUUUAAUGGGGGUUUAUUUAAUAGUAUCAUCCUCUCCCUACAGGGUGCUAUUUAACUAAUAAUAUUUUUAAGAAGAAUUCCCUAACUUAACAACCUCCCCAUAUCUGUUUAAACUUUGUUACUGAGUCAUUGGUGGAGCUGGCUCUCAUUUAUGACUUCCUCCUAGUAUUCUGCUGAUGCCAUGGUAAGGAAUUGACCCUUGCCCACAGCACGAGGUACUUUUGAUGGUUUCUGGCCAGUUGGCAGUAUCUGGUCCAUAAAAGUGGCCCUUACCCCUACUCUAUACUUCUCUAGCCAUUCCUUUCCUGGUUCUCUUGUUUCCUAGAUGUAGAUUUCCCAGGUGCUGUCUUUGGCCUUGUUUUUUUUUUUCAACUUCUUCAUCUCAUAAAACAAUUGCAAAGAUUAUGACAAAUUUUACUUCUUGGUUAACAUCUCUCUGAGAUUCCAGUUGCUUCUUGCAUAUCCCAUAAACCUGAGAGUGAGGCUUAGACAACUCCAGUACCUUGUUUAUCAACUGAUAAACAGAGCUCUUUCCCCUUCCUCCACUGAAGUUGUGAGUUGCUUCUGUAUUUGCAAGUUUUGAAGACUGUCACUACCAUUUCUGUCAUCUGGGCUCUGAACCUGGCCAAACCAUGCCAAUUGUACUUCCAUAACAUCUCUUGAAUCUCUUGGUGACCCACACCCUCAUUACCACUGCUACAGUUAAUUCAGGAAUUAAUUUUCUCUGACCUACUCACCACUGCCCCACCUCACCCCACCCUCCAGUAUCUUGUGAAAACAGGCAUUCAGAGGGAGCCCAGGGUGCUUGUUUUUCCUAGCUUCAUAAUGCUAACCACCUGUUGCACAUUGCAGAGCCCUCAAUAUUCCCACCAACCCUGCCCCACUUUUUCAGGAUCUGGUAGUGCCUUUUCUUGUAAAUUCUCUGAUUAAAAAACUUAAAGCACUAGAUGAAGAUCUUUUGUAAAUUUCUUUCGAAAUUGGUCCUAGUUUAAAGAGACCACUGGCUUUCCAACUUUUAUCUGCUGCUUAUAAAAAGUGUAGUGUUGUUGACUGGGGAAGUUAGGCUCUUCUGGUGCAGCCCCAGAAAGAUCCAAGGAAUCAGUUAGAAUCAUUGUGACCUAAACCAGUGUAACUUCACUGCUAUCAGAUUAUUUCUAAGGCUGAAGCUUUGGUCAAGCUACUCCCUAUACCCCAAAGCUGUUGGGAUCCCCACUGCUUUCAGAAGGUUUAAAUCAGUUCCAGACAGCCUGGUAUUCCAGAUAUAUUACAUAUUGGCUUGGAACUACAUUUCCAACUUUAUAUAAUCUGUCAUUUUAUACCCUGCUCCCUGUACACCACAUGUCAUAGCCAAAUGGGUAUGUCUAAGGCCCCUUGGUCUGGAAUGCCCUGCUCAUUCCCUCUCCCGUGCCCUCCAUUCUCUGCAUCAUAAAUUCUCCCCUGCUUCAUAGAUCUAGUGCCCUCUCUGCCAUAAGCCUUCUCGGACUUGCCCAGGUGAAAAUAAUACAUUUAUCGUCUAUAACACCUAAAAAUUUUGUAUCCUGGAUUAGAGUUGUUUAUAUACGUUGCUCCCACUAGCUGGAUGUUCUCCCAGAGCAGGAAUCACAGGUGCAUUUUAUGUCCCUACAACACCUAGCACAUAGUAAGCACUUACUAUUUUUUUGAUGAAUAAAUUGUCAUUUAGUCAGUUUCCACUUGUGAUUCACCUGGUCGUUGGGCUAAAGUUGAGAGUAUUUUGAUUAAUUGGUAUAGCUCCACACUAUGAAAGUCUUGUUUGUGGAGAAACUUGUUCAUCAUUCCCCUCAGCUCACCAUGAUUCUGUUCCACUAAAUUUCUAAUUCAUUGAAGUUUCCAGAUAGGGCAUCGUAGUCAAAGUGAGCCUGUGGGCCUUGUAUUUUUGCUUGAUAAGUCUUAGAAAUUUACCAGUAUACUGAGAAGAUGAUCAGACUAGGAUUCAGAAUAUAGACCUGAAUUAGAAUUCCACAUCUCCAUCUAAGCUUAGAUAAGUCAUUAAAAAUCUCUUGGUCUUAGUUUCCUCUGUAAGGGAGAAGUUGCACGAGAUAGUUUCAGAUGUCACAUUGGAAUGAAAAUCAAGGCCUAUAUAAAUGCUUUUGAACAGGAGGCUGCAAACUUUUUCUUUAAAGGACCAGAUAAUAUUUUAGGCUUUGCCAGGAAUACAGUAUGUGUUGCAGCUACUCAACUCUGCUGUUAGUAGCUUGAAAGCGGCCGUAAACAAUAUGUUUACUAGUGGCCUAGCUGCGUUUCAGUAUUUUAUUUACAAAAACAGGCAGCAGCCACGAUUUGCUGACCUAUGCUUUAGAAGUUAGUUAGUGGUCAGCGUAGGCUAAUCCAAGAAACCUGAACAUGUCUUAAAUGGAAUGUGGACUCUUGGCUUUGUUUUUUUUCAUGUGACAAAAGUAACUUCAUUAUUUGAGUUUUUAUAGUACAGAUGUGAAUAGUCAAUAAGUCCACUGUCAUCCUCAGCUUCUUCCCUGGGUAACCACUGUUACCUAUCAUACUUCUUAAAACAUAUGUGGUAUAUCCACUUUGGAUAAAGGUCUAACAAUUUACUGUACAAGUAAAUAUACACUUACCCCAUGAUGCCCAGCAGUUUACCCAAGAGAAAUGAAAACAUAUGUCCAAAACAAUACACAAAAUAUUCAUAGUAGCUCCAAACUGGAAAGAGCCCAGGUGUCCGGCAGUAGAAUGGAUAAACAAACCAGUGUCCACACAGUGGAAUACUACUCAACAGUAAAAAGGAGCAAACUAUAGGUAACACAAAACAUGGGUGAAUCCCACAAUUAGGCUGAGCAGAAAAGAAGCUUUACCAAAGAGAAUAUACUAUAUAAUUUCAUUUCUUUGAAAUUCUAAAUCAAGCAAUACUUACCUAUGCUGGGGAAAAGCCCAGAAUGGUGUUUGCCUCUAGGAUGGUGGUCAUGGGGAUUGACUGGGAAGGGGCAUGAGAACUUUAUAGGGUGUUGGCAAUGUUCUGUAUCUUGAUAGCUGUUUGAAUCAUAGAGGUGAAUGUAUUUCUAAACAACCGUGUCAUGGUACCUUGGAGAUUUGUGUAUUUUGCUGAAUGCAAUUUUCCCUCAAUUUUAGUUAAUAUAAUGUUGAAGUAUUUAGGGGUUAAGUGUACUGACAUCUGCAACUUGAAAUUCUUAAAAAAAAAAAUAGACGGUGAAUAGAUAAGAGGUAAAUACAGUAGACUUUACUGUAGAAUCUAGGUGGGGUUUAUGCGUGUUCACUUACAUUUCUUUUAACUUUUGUGUGUAUUUGUAAGUAUUCCUAAUUGGAUAUUGGAGAAAAAAGAAUACAUGAAUAUAUUGUUUCUCUUCACUGCCUUCUACCAGUCGCAGUCUUUCCCACAGAUAAUGAUUGCUUAUCAGUUUUUCUACCAGUCCUUUUUCAACACACUUACAUAUGCGUAUAUGUAUGUAUGUGUGUGUGUGUGUGUAUGUAUAUGAGUAUAUAUGGACUAUGUAGGAAUAAUUAAUUUUCCACUUUUACAUGAGUAAUAGGAAGAAUGUAUGUUCUAGAACUUGUUUUUUUUCACUUAAUAUGUCUUGACUGUUUCCAUGUCUCUGUCUCUCUCUCCCCCCCAUUUAUUUAUCUCAUUCCUUUGAGUCAUUGCAUAAUAUUCCAUAGUGUAGGGAUAUAUAUCCAAGAUAUAUAUAUAUUUCUUUGUGAUGAAUAUUUAAUUGUUUGCAAUUUUUCUCUUGCAAAUUGUGCAGUGCAUGUGUGCAACUAUUUAUCCAGGGUAGUCACUGAGAAAUGGAAUCACCAGUUUAUAGUAUAUGUUUAUUUUUAUAUUAAUUUAUUGUCCUCCAGUAAAGCUGUACCAGUGUAUACUCUCACCAGCAGGGAUCAAAUUACUUGUUUCCCUUCAACUUUCUGAGCAUUGGUUAUCAUCACUCUUUAAAAAUUUUUGCCAGUUUGUUGGGAUGCUGGUGUCUUGGUUGGUUUAAUUUGCAGUGUCUCUGAUAAUUGCAAUUUAUGUUUGCUCAGUUUUCGUUUCUUUACAGCGACCUGCUCGUCUUUUUGCUGUCUUUUGUCUCUUAAUUCUUUUAUUUUAAAAAUUGUACUUGUUUAAAUAAAUAUUAUUACAAAUUUAACAGUCUUUUAUAGGCUGUUCCUGAUCACUUAUCUCAAAAUAUAUUGAAUAGUCCAUCAUUUUCUCACUGAUUUGAAGUGCCCGCUUUGUUACGUGGAUUUUAUAUGGAUCCUUUCUUGAUUAUUGUUAUGUUUUGUUAUUAAUCUGUAUCUCUGUUCCUGUGUCAUUAUCACUCUAUAGCAUGUAAGCUCUAUGUAAGCGUUUAAAAUAAAAUAAAUUUGUGAAAUCUGUGCGAGUACUGUCUGUUUAGUUUUGGUAUCUGGAGAGUGCUAGCCUUAUAAAGAUUUAGGUAACUUACGGAGCAUACAAAAAGGACAGCUCGUGUGUAGAGAAAGAAUCUACUUGAAAAUUGGGAGAACUAAAGCCAUUUGGACAUAGUGUCUCUUUUAGGGAUAGAGCUCUUUAUUUCUUGUAACAACUUCUGAUUUGAAUAUGUUUAUUUUCUUUAAAAAUCAUAUAUUUCAUCUAUUUUCGAGCUUACUAGUUGGAAAUUGGUUUUAUUGGUAAAAUUAAUGAUUUUUUUUUGCAUUUGUUUCCAUUAACUUGUGCUUGUAUCUUAAAUCUCCUACUUUCCUUGAAUUUAUUUUACUCUUGAAUUUAAAACCUGGCUUUUUUGGUUAGUCUGGUUUUUUAGUGAAUGCGUAUAAGGCUCUGGAUUUUCCUUUGUGUUCUGCUUUGGCUACAUGAUUGUUUUGAAUUUUGAAUGUUUUGGGUUUUGUUGUCUUUUUAAUCCAAAGGUUAUUUAGCAGUCCAUUUUCUAAAUUUUUGUUAUACUUCUCUAACAUACUUUGAUUUUGAAAAAUGUGGCCUUGAUUUUUUUUUUUUUAGGUUAUUUUUUAUUUUGUUUUGGUUUGGUUUUUUUGAAAUUUAAGUCAUGGUCAGUUUCGAGGCAAUGUUCCAGGUUUAUAAAGAGUAUAUUUUCUGGUGACUACAAAGUUUUACAUAUAUUAAAUAACUAUUAGUUGUGUUUUUAAAAUAUUAUCCUUUUUGUUAUUGUUUACCUGAUCUGUGGAUUUCUGGAAGAGGUACGUUAAAAUCUCUACAGAUGAUUGUGAUAAAUUUUGCUUUACAUAUCUUAAGCCACUUAGCAUCACAAAUGUUCAUGGCUUUUAUGCUGUAUCUUCUUGAUGUGUUUUGUUUACUUUUUAUUAAUAGAGAAUAUCUUUGCUUUGUUAAUACCUUUUGACUUGAAUUCUAAAUAGUUUGCUUUCAGGAAUAAUGCCACUUCUACAUUUCUUUUUGUUAGCCAAGAUCUACUUUAUUUUCAGCCAGUAUGUGUUAUAAUUUUAGGUUUUUAUCUAUAAAUAGCAUUUAUUUAUAGUGCUAUAAGGUUUUCUUUAACCCACUUUGAGAAUGUCUUUUAUUAGACUACUAUUAAAUUAUUCCUACCUUAAUAUUUUUGGGGUUUUAACUUGUUACUAAAUUAAAAUCAAAUUUUAACUGUGUAAAAUACAGACUAAUGUAGUGGCAAAAGGAGAUCAUUGGCUGGCUGAAGGAUGUACAGAUUGCAAACGGGCACAAGGAACCUUUCAGAGGUGAUAGAAAUGUUCUGUAUCAUUAGUGUAGUGGUGGUUUCACAAUACAUGCAACUGUCUACUCAUUGGGAUUGUGCACUUGGAAUCAAUGAAAAUUAUUGUAUGUAAGUUAUUCCUCAGACAUGAAAAGGAGAAGAAAUUAAAAUCAACACUUACUUAGAUGUUACCAGCAAGUCUUACUGGUUUCUUUGCUCACCAUUGCUUUAUAUAUUUUUCUUGUCUUCGAUUUUUAAAGAAAACUUUAAAAAAUGAAAAAUGUACAAUUAUAUUAGCUUUUUCUAGAAUUUAGUCUGUGAACUUUGUCCUUUUUUUUCAGGUUAGAUAAUAUAUAAGUUUUUCUUCCAAAACGAAGGAAAUGAAGACAGUGUAGCUAAAACUUAAAGCCUCCUCAGUUUGGAAUAUACUGUUUUAUUUUUGGCUGAUGAGAUAUCUGUCAGUCAUAUUUCUCUGCUCUAGGUAAAACCCGUUUUAUCUUUUUAGAAGCUUUAAGAAAUUUUCACUUUAUUUUUAGUAUUCUGAAAUUUUACCUUUUUCUAUCUAGGUAUAGGGUAUUUUCUAAUAUUUUUCAAUCUUUUCCAAUCUAGACACAAAAUGUGUUAUUUCUUUGGGCAUUCCUCCCCAUCCCCUUUUCUGGUGGAAUUCCUGUUAGAUUUAUUGAUAUUAUGGUUCUGUCUCCCGUGUCUCAACAAGCUCCAUACACACUCUGUCUUUUUGCCCAGUAUUGUAAAACACCUUGGUUUGAUCUUUUAGCUCACUGAAGUUUUCUUUGGCUUGGCUAGUUCUCUAGGUUAGGCCUUCUUCCAAAUUUUUGUUUUUUAAAUAGCUUUAUUGAGGUAUAAUUGUGACAUAUGGUAAACUGCACGUAUUUAAAAUUGAAAUGUAUAACUUGAGUUUUGAUGUGUAUUCACCUAUAUGCAUAUACAUAUAUUGUACCCAUGGAACUAUCACUCUAAUCAAGGUAAUGAAAAUAUUCAUCACUCCCCAGAUUUCCUCUUUCCCAUUUGUAAUCCUUUUCUUUCCCUACCUCCCCAGUAUCCAGGCAAAAAUAGAUCUGCUUUUUGACAGUUUAGAUUAGUUUGUAUUUUCUGAAACUUUAAAUGCAUGGAAUCAUUUAGCGUGUUCUCUUUGGGGUCAGGAGUGCUGAGUUGUUUCAUUCAGCACAGUUACUUUGAGAAGUAGUUCAUGAAUAGUAUUCCAUUGUAUUAUAUGCCAGAAUUUAUUUAUUAAUUCAUCUGUUGAUGUGCUUUUGGGUUGUUGGAGUUUUUAGUGAUUACAAAUAAAGCAUUUACGAAUAUUCAUAUACUUCUGCGAACGUGUGCUUUCAUUUUUCUUGGUUAAAUAUCUAGGAAUGGAUUGGCUGGAUCCUAUCAUAGGUAUAUGCUACUAACUUUUCAAAAAAUUGUUUUCCGAAAUCGGUUUUUGUUUUGGCACAUUCCCACCAGCAGUGUAUUAGAGUGUCAGCUGCUCUGCUCCUAGAUCAUCACUUGGUAUGGUCAGUCUUUAGAAUUUCUAGCAUUCUGGUGAGCAUGUAGUGGUUUUGAUUUGCCCUUCCUGGAUAACUAGUGAUGUUGAGUAUGUUUUCAUGAGCUUUAUUGUUUUGCAAUUCUCAUUACAUCUUUGAUGAAGUUUCUGUUCAAAACUUUUGUCCAUGUUUUAGAAAUUUGUUUUGUUGUAAGAGUUCUUUAUAUAUUCUAGAUUGCAAAUAAGUAAUUUAUUGGUUUCAUAUUAUGCAAAAUAUUUUUCCCAGUCUUUGGUUUGCUUUUUUGUUAGGUGUCUGGAUUUUUUUUAUUAUUAUUUGACUCUUCUCCAGUUCAGCUAUCUACUAAGUUUUAAAAUUUUAACAAUCAGAAUAUGAAAUCAGAUUUUGAAAAACUAUCCUCUUACCUUAUACUCUGUAUUUUAAUUAUACUCAUGCUACCCCCCCCCCCCCGGUUCUGUACCCUGUUACAACCCAGUUUUUUCAGGCAUUACUUUCUUUGUUGCAUUUGAUACUUUAUUGGAUUAGUUUUUCUUCUCAAUAUUUUGUAAUUAUUGGUUCUCUGCACCUCCUCUUUGUAUUUAGACUUCCCUGUCAUAGCAUUCAGGGAUGAGGCAUAGGUAGCCAAGAGCUGGUCAGGUAUGGAGAUUCUCUGUGGAGAGAUUUAGAUUUUUACCAACCCAUCCAGGACCUUGCCCAGCUUUUAUCCCAAACCCCAAUGUUCCCUUCUUCAUAGCAUGUACAAAAAUUAACACACAGUGGAUCAAAGAGCCAAACUUAAAGAGCUAAAACUAAAAAUUCUUAGAAGAAAAUAUAAUUACAAGUCUUCAUGACUUUGGAUUAGGCAGUGGUGUUUUCGAUAUGAUACCAAAAGUCAAGCAACCAAGGAGAAAAACAGAUAAGUUGGACUUCCUUGAGAUUAAGAACUUCUCUGCUUUAAAGGACACUGUCGGCGCCCAGCGGGGCGUGGCGUCCGAGCAAGGCGGGCAUCAGCUGGCGGCCAGUGCUGGGUCCUGGGCUGGGGCCGAGAGCCAGGGCAGGCAGGGCCACUUUCUGCAGCUCGCUGGCCGCGACGACGGCGCAGGCGCCAGCGAGGCCCGUGGGGAGUGGCGGCGCAGCCAGGCGGGUGAGACCGUCGCCCGGGCCCUGGCCCGCGCUCUACCGGAGCGAUGCUUUCCGCGCUCGGGGAGCUGGUGCAGUUGCUGGGCUUCGCUCCCUUCGAGGUCUUCGUGCACCUGAUGGCCCUGUCGGUGUUCGUGCUGCUGGCCCUGCGUGUGGACGGCCUGGCUCCGGGCCUCUCCUGGUGGAACGUGUUCGUGCCCUUCUUCGCCGCUGACCGGCUCAGCACCAACUUCACUACUGUCGUCUCCGUGCACCUCUUCCAGGUCGGAGAGAAGCGGCUGGCCGUGCUCCACCUUUUCUGGGUCCUCACGGUUCUUAGCCUGAAGUUCGUCUUCGAGAUGUUGUUGUGCCAGAAGCUGGUGGAGCAGACUCGGGAGCUCUGGUUCGGCCUGAUCACGUCUCCGGUCUUCAUUCUCCUGCAGCUUCUCAUGAUCCCUGCCCGCCGGUCAACUAGGCUCGCAGAAGAAAAGCUAGAAUGCGGGGCCCCACGCUGAGGUCCCACCUCCGCCACACCAGAGGAGGAGGAGUCUUGGUCUGAAAGCCACCUUGUGCCCUGCUGAGUGCCCAGCUUCCUCUCUAAAAGUCAUGUCUGAAAUUGUUCCCUCAGCAGGGCUGAAAAGAGCAGCCUUGAUUCUUAAAACGUAUUCCCUCUUAUUUCAUGCUUUGAAUAGCUAAUCUUGAAUUGAGAUCCUGAGAAGGCCAGACAGUCCUGAACUCCUCUGACAGUUGGAAACCGCAUAUAAGUAAAAUGUCCUGAUGGGCUCUGAGUAUUAUCAUGGAUCCUGGGAAAGUACCCACUGUGCAAAGGCUGCAAAGCUGGACUCGGGAUUUCCCCAGGCCAACAGUGCUGACCUGAGAGCUUACUGUCCCAUCCUGCCAGACAAGACUUCCUUAGAUGCUUGAGCUCUAAAAAGUGUCACCAGGCAGACAGGAGUAUGUUGAAUAAGCAUGAGCAGGACCCUAUCUGGGUAUCUGUCACCUGAGAAAAGAACUUGCUUUCAGGGCACUGCUUGGUUUCCUAUCCCAGCAGAUUUCAGCGUCACAACUUUUCCACCACCUCGUGGCCAGCACUGUUAGCGCACCUGAGACCUUUAGGCCACCCUAAGGGACUAGAGAGAGAAAUAGGUGCUCUGAUGUGCAUAGCCAUUGAGACCUACACAUGGGAAGUUUGCAGGUGGUCUCAGCCCACACCUGUUGGCCUAAGGGCUUUGGUUUGGUGCCAGUCAGGUGCCAAAUGAGAACAUUUGCUGAGAUAAAAAUAAAAUAAGAAUGUUUUGCUGAAAAAAAUAAUAAUAAAGGACACUGUCAUGAAAGUGAAAAGACAACCCACAGAAUGUGAGAAAAUAA